ACUGAAAGUAGCCGCAUGCAAGUAGAGAUCACAGGCGUUAUUCUUCUUGCUGUUGGAGUCUGGGGGAAGCUCACUUUAGGCACAUAUAUCUCUCUCAUCGCUGAAAACUCUACCAAUGCCCCCUAUGUGCUUAUUGGGACUGGUACCACAAUUAUUGUCUUUGGCUUGUUUGGCUGUUUUGCCACUUGUCGUGGCAGCCCAUGGAUGCUGAAACUGUAUGCCAUGUUCUUGUCCCUGGUGUUUCUGGCGGAGCUAGUGGCUGGCAUUUCAGGAUUUGUAUUUCGCCAUGAGAUCAAGGACACUUUCCUUAGGACAUACACUGAAGCUAUCCAGAAUUACAACGGCAACGAUGAGCGAAGCCUCGCAGUGGAUGACGUACAACAGAGUCUGAGAUGCUGUGGCAUUCAGAACUACACCAACUGGAGCACUAGCCCUUACUUCUUUGAACACGGUAUUCCCCCAAGCUGCUGCAUGAACGCCAGUGACUGCAAUCCCCAGGAUCUGCGCAAUAUGACCGUUGCUGCCACUAAAAUAAACCAGAAGGGCUGUUAUGAUCUGGUGACCAGUUUUAUGGAGACAAAUAUGGGAAUCAUAGCUGGAGUGGCUUUUGGAAUUGCAUUCUCACAGUUGAUUGGAAUGCUGUUGGCAUGCUGUCUGUCCCGAUUUAUCACGGCCAAUCAGUAUGAGAUGGUGUAACAAGUCUUUCAGAGAUGUGAAAUACAGAGCCUGUCUCAAAAUCAGGAACUGCAGCAAUCUAGGAAGACUUUAAAGAAUGUUAGAGCACACUUUCUCGCUCGCACACGCGUGCACACACACACACACACACACACACACCAUCUUCUAAACUCCGUACCAUGUGUAGUGUACCAUUCCGUGAAGUACUAUUGCACCACCAAGAGUAGCUUGAACCAUUCAGCAUCCAGUACUGUACACUCCAUCUUAAAGGUUCUGCAUAUGAUGGCACUAUAUGUAUGUUCUUGGUCAUACAGUAGUUGCAUUGUACGUGAACAAUGGUAAUCCAUUAACAGCAUCGAUCAGGCCGUGCAUGUA